GGGAGACAUCUUUGACUUUUUGCUUCUUCGUUAUAGUUCUUGGGGAUAACGAUAAUGCUCUCUGCUACUCGAUGCUCGGCUGUGCUUAUACCUUCAGUGGGUCGCCACCGUUGCCUCCGACAAAUCAGAUACCCCUUGUCCACUUCUUCUGCCACGGCUUCUACCUCCAAUAUCCCUGAUGGAAUUGCUACCCUCGCUCUCAACAAUCCAAAGCGGCGUAAUGCAUUAUCUUCCUCCGUACUGUCGACAAUGCUGGAAAAACUCCUGAAAAUUAAAUCUGAUCCUGCUACCAAGGUCCUCAUUAUCAAAUCAUUCGAUGACGAAUCCCAGUACAACGGCGUAUUUUGUUCGGGACAUGAUCUCCAGGAAUUAUCAUUCCAACCCGACAACGAAUCCAAAGAGGCCUAUCAGCACCGUCUACAAGGUUUGUUCCAAUUGUGCAGUCGCGUCAUGACAGAAAUCAAUUCCUUUCCGGUUCCCACCAUUGCCCAAGUCGAUGGAAUUGCCACCGCCGCGGGAUGUCAAUUGGUGGCCAGCUGUGAUUUGGCCGUGGCCACGGUGUCGUCCCAAUUUGCCACACCCGGUGUCCGCAUUGGACUCUUUUGUUCCACUCCCGCCGUUCCAUUGGUACGUGCUGUGGCGAGUAGAAAACACGUCAUGGAAAUGCUGCUCACGGGAGACUUGAUAUCGGCCCAACGAGCCUACGAAAUUGGAUUGAUCAAUCGGAUUAUUAUUGUCGCAGACGAUGAUGACAGCCAUCAUCAUGUUGAGGACGACGAUAACGACAAAUUGCAACGACAGCAACAAUUAUCCAGGAUGUUGCAUCAAGAGGUACAGAGUCUCGCAUCCACAAUUGCAGAAAAGUCUUCUCCGUGCAUUCGGUCCGGUCUGCAAACUCUUCGUGAGCAACAGGGGAUGCCUCUGACAGAUGCGUAUCCUGUGGCGGAACAAACCAUGGUGGAAAAUCUCUUGAAUCCAGAUGCUAAAGAAGGCAUUGACGCCUUUCUGAACAAACGCAAGCCCAAAUGGACCGAUCGGGAAGACAGAUGAUAGCCCUGUACUGCUCAAUGCGCCACACAAACAAUUCAUGAUCCCGGUUUUUUGCGAAGCUGCAAUCUUCAAGGUUCAGAGCUGUCAACUCAACAACAUACUAUGCCGCUGGCGGGGUGAAUUCCUUGGUGGGGAUGUUGGGGGAACUCUAGAACCCUUUGGGUCAGUUUGUUUAGCUGCAUUGCUGCUCCAGUUCCAGAUGCAUAGACUUUAGACUACUGGAUUGUGUCCGACAAAAAGGAGAAACGUCUCUGCACAAGAUUUGUGUGUCUGCAGCUUGACAGUUCGGGGCCUGAAGUUAGAUGACUUCACAUUCGUACAAUGGUAAAGAAUGGUACCGGGCUUUCAUCCCGUUGUUUUCAGCGUUGG